AUCCCAAAUAAGUAGAAGAACUUCAAUGCAAUCCCAAAAUGUAAACAAAAAUAAAACAGUAUAAUAUUAGGUGGAAAUAGAAAUGUGUCAGAACGAUCAGUCUCUGCUAAUUCCGACACAACCUGAAUGCGGCAUAGUAGUUUGAAGCGAAAAGUCCAACAAAACAUCCUUGUUCUGAUGUGGUUCAAAUCCCUUAAGACUCGUAGUUCAGCUGAAGUAGAAGUCAACGGUCAAAAAGUAAUUAUAUUAUAAUAAUUAAUCAUUAUUUUUUGAUACAGAGUAAAGAGUCGUCUGUCAGUACAGGAAGUGACAUCAAAAUUCACGCUUCUUUGUCUGACGACCUUAUCCGGAGGAAGUGAGGCUUUGGUCGAGGCAGCCGCCUCACGAGUGAAAAAAAAAAAAAACUUGAAAAAAAAAAAAAAAGAAAAAAGGCCAGGAGGCGAGAAAAAACUUCGCUGCUUUGCAGGAAUUUGGACCGAUUGGAAAAGGAUUUUCAGAUCGUCCCCGUCCAGGAGAGUCCCGGGGAGGUUGACGGUGUCGUUGUUACGGAAAUCAUGGAAGACUCUCAUUUUAAUUCAUCGUACUUCUGGUCUCCAAUCCCCACCGUACCAGGACAGAUUGAAAAUGCCAUGUUCCUCAACAAGGUGAAAGAGCAACAGGAGAAGAGUGCUACCUUCUCCUCUUCUCCUGCAUCGCACUACCAAACAGCUCUGCUCACCAUCCCCACUCCUGGGACGAAGACAGAUGGAGGAGGGCAGGCUGGGAGUGUGUCACAUCUCCACCCUUCUCACAGCACCCAGAACAUGCUGUCUGUCCCCUCCACAGGCAUCAUGACAGCAGCAGGCCUGGUCAUCACAACUCCUCAGGGGACACUAGUGUCGCCCACCUCGUCUCAGUCAUUUGUUUCUGGUCACCCUGCAACGACCAUGAUUGUUUCAGCGCUCCAUUCUCCAGACAAAAAAGAAGGUGAUGGACCGACCCAUGUAGUCGUGAUGCCAGCACCCUCCAAACGGGGCAGGAAGAAGAAGAUGACAAUGGUCAGGGAAGGCACUGGGGAUGGAACGGGAAAUGAAACAAUAAUACUCGCUCAUCUGACAGCUGGGGCACAGGUUGCAUCUUUGCAACAGCAUCCUGGAGAUCCAUACGACCUGUCCAAUGAAGAGGAGGACCACUGUACAAAAGAUAGCACUAAAACCUACAGGUGCCGGAUGUGUGCGGCGACCUUCCUCAAUAAGUCUGACAUGCAGAUCCACUCCAAGUUGCACACAGAGGCCAAACCUCACAAGUGUCCUCACUGCGCCAAGUCAUUCGCCAACUCCAGCUACCUGGCCCAGCACAUCCGCAUCCACAGCGGGGCCAAGCCUUACACCUGCUCCUACUGCCAGAAAUCUUUCAGGCAGCUCAGUCAUUUACAGCAGCACACACGGAACCACACAGAGUCAAAGCCUCACAAGUGUCCACAUUGUACCAAAUCAUUUGCCAACUCCAGCUAUCUGGCCCAACAUGUCCGCAUCCACACCGGAGUGAAACCUUACUCCUGCUCGUUCUGCCAAAAGAGCUUCAGACAGCUCAGUCACCUUCAGCAGCACAACAGGAUUCACACAGGAGAUCGACCGUACAAGUGUUCACAUCCAGGCUGUGAGAAAUCCUUCACACAACUUUCAAAUUUACAGUCUCACCGGCGUCAACAUAACAAGGACAAGCCCUACAAGUGCACAAACUGCAAUAAAGGAUAUGUAGAUUCAGCAAGUUUGGAGGUGCACAUGUCCACACACACUGUCAAACAUGCAAGGAUCUACUCCUGUGGACUCUGCAACCGCACUUACACCUCAGAGACGUAUCUGGUGAAACACAUGGAGAAACACAACCCAGACCAGUUGAGUGCACCCGCAACACAACAGAACCAGAACCAAAGCCAAGCCCAGGGUCAGGCUGCAGCUCAGGGCCAGGUAGAGAGCGCAGAAGGAGGAUCGAGCCAACCAGGGGGAGCUGGGAGCGGAGGAGCCGGUGGAGGCCAGCAGGGGCAGAGCCAGGGCAGCUACCCCCAGACAGGGAGCAUCUCCUGUCCAUUUGACCUGCACCAGUAUAAAACAGUCUCUGCCAGUGACAUCCAGUACAAACCAGUCAGUGUAGCGGACAUUACUUCCCACAAGAACCUCUGUCUUACUGUGUCAGCAUCUACCAUUCAAGUGGAGCACCUCAACUCGUAGAGAUUUAUGAAAGGAUAAGUAUUUUGGUUGGGGAAGUUGCAUAUUGAUUCUAAAUAUGGAGGAUGAAGAAAAAAGCAAUAAUAAAAUGAUAGAAGAACUUUACAACAGAAAUGACUGUGCCUGAACGAUGGGUUGAGACUGACAGGAUAAACCGUGUUGUGACACAGUUAACUGAAGAUGAUAGUGUUUUUAGGACCCAAGCACAGGGGGUGCGAGGACCCUAUUGAAUUGAAAUCCUUAGGAUUGUUAUAAUUAUUUUGUACAUUUGGCUGGACUUUUGGGUAUCUGAACAUGCACGAAAACUCAUUAAAAUUGGCGUGGACAUGAGGCCUGCUGGAAAAUUUGGUAUUUUAUAGGUCCCCAAUAUGUGUGUGUGAAAUUGGCUCAAAAGUGCCCCCUAAACUCACAAAAAAAUACCACCUCUAGACACUGUUUCACCUACAGGAAUGAAAUUUGGUACGCAUAUACAGCUUCUUAUUACGCACAAAAUGUCUCUUAUAGUCAUUGGGAAUUCCCAACAGGAAGUCCGCCAUAUUGAAAAAAUGUGUAAAAGUUUGCCAUUCCCUGUGGUCCUUCUGGGAUUAACUUGUCAGACAGCUUUCAUCAGAACUAUGUAAAAUUUGUUUUCUAGCUAGAAGAGACUCAACAAAAGUUAUGCAACUUUUGUACAAAACUCAGAGUGUGGCCAUGAUGAGCCCUAAAAUUUGCAUAUUUUUAAGGAAAAAGGAAAUUGCUUAUAACUCAGCUGUGCAUAGUUCUAACUGAAUAAAAUUAUUAAUGUAUUAUGAGGCUUCAGACCCAACACACUUAUGUGGUAAUAUUUCUUGCAGAUCAUAGUGCCACCCAGGAAAUACAUUUUUACUUUCAGAGCUAUUUCUCCUAAUGUUUUGAUUAUUUCCUCAUUAAAUUUACUGGGUAAACCCUCAAGACAUUAGUCUGGAUGUGAAGCAAAAGUGGUGAUUUUUUUGUCAGAGGGCGUAGAUGUGCCGACACGGCGAACUAUGUUUUGGGCUUGAUGCCUCACCAUAAAAGUUCAAACUGCUAUAUGUCAGCUGUUUUUGAUCAUAUCUUUAUAAAAUGUUAUGUCCACAAUAAUAGUUUCAUCCUGAACACAUCUGCAUUUGAAAUUUUGGAGUUAGUCACAGCAUCACUUACUGGUAAUAGAAAGUUACUGCUUCUUUGUAAUCAACCAUGAUUCCUAUAUGGUUGAUCAAAUCUCACUCAGAUUUGCUCAGAAACAUCCAAAGACCUUUACUUUGCACCACUAUGAAGACCAUGACCAACACUGUGACCAUGGUGAUUUUUUGAUUGCCAUGAAACAGGAAGUAGUUUUAUCAAGUGGUAAAAAGGAUAAUACAGCCAUGAAACUUGGUUUAUAAAAUUCUAAGUGCAUGAACAAGGUCAUUAAUAUAAAUUUUGUUGGUAAGUGUGGCUUAUUGGCUCAGUUGCACCCCCUAGGAAAAUGUUAAAAAUGGGCCCCAGCAGCAAGUUCAACCUAUGAUUUUGAAAUUGGGAAGGUAUAUGUCUCUUGCCAGGACCUACAAAAAAAAAGCCUCUUGGACCCAUAUCGCCAUGUCAACAGAAAGUCCACCAUCUUUAUUUUUUGUAACAACAUUGGUCAACCCUAGCCAUUUCCAGGUGUUCUUCCAGGAGUAUCUCCUCUGAAAGCAUUCUUCUGAUUGACUCAAAACUGAGUUGCCUGCUAGAAGAGACCUUUGUGAAGAAAAGUUCUGAGGCUCAUGUACAAAACUCGAAGGGUGUGGCCAUGGUAACUCAUCUAACUUUCAUGUCCCAAAGUGACACAGAAACAGACUUUGUUCCAAAUAAAUGAAUGCAGCUCCUGCAAAGUUGACCAAAUCUGCCACAAAAUUGGUGUGAAACAUCCUUUAAGUGUUCCCAUGGUACAUAUUUUCAAGCCAACAGGUCUGACACUAAUCUAUUGCCUCAAAUCUGUUGCCAUGGUGACCCAUUAGUCACCAUGAAAGAGGAAGUAGUCUUUUGAAGGGUUUUGAAGAGCUCCAAAGGGCUUGUACUGCCAUGAAAACUGGUCGGAAUAAACACAGUGGAAAAAAAAUUGAAAGUUACAUGGGUUUAGUCUGUGGAUGCGUCUCAACGGCUUAGUGGUUCCUCCUAUCAACUGUUUAAAAAAUCAGCCCCAAAAACCCCAUACAUCCUAAAUAUUUGAAAAUUUGUACACAUAUUCAGCAUAACAGGACCCAUAAAAAGCCUCUUGACUCAUGUCACCAAAUCACAGGAAAUCUGGCAUUUUAAUUUUUAAAAACAAAUUGAAAAGAAUUUUAAAAGAAAAGAAAAAUGAAACUAUUUCUUGGGAUCCUUCUAGAAUAAACUUCAGGGAGUCUUCUGAUCCUUUUGAAAUUUGAACUGCAGGUAGAAGAUUUGCUGCUGCUUUGUUUAUGUGGAAUAAGACCUAGCUGUUAGACAGGUUAUGGCUACGAAUUGACUCAGUGCUGUCAUAACUGGAAAUAUUGCAUAUUUCAAUGGCCCACCUUUAUUAAGACAAAGCAAUAUUUUUAUUACAUGCUUUAAUCGGCUACACUGUUUUUGAUGUUUCAUGUUGGCUGUAAUGGACAAUACACAUCAGAGAAUCUUAGACUUUUUGUGUUUGAAAGAUGUCUCUAAAACAAUGCAUUUAGCAGCUAUGCCACAAGCCCAUUGUACACCAAAUUCUGAAGUGCGCGAAGGAGCGAGGGCCUGAUCAGUGCUGCUUGCAGCCCUAGUUUGUUUGUUUUUUUCCACUGGGUUUUCUCUUUUUUCUGCCAUUAAUUUUCCCCCCAUUGCUCAGCUGUUCCUGUCAGAAUAGAAAACGCAUGAAAAGCUGCAAUAAAGUAUAUUUCAGUCCAUCACAGUGAUGGGUUUUAUGAUAAGGAAGAGACUCAAGGGGUGGUGCUUGUCUUUAUUGUUUUACCACAUCCUGUUCUUCCAAAUACUUCUGUCAAAUCAGUUUAUGGCCUCCCUGUUCAAGAAAACUGGCAGUUGACUGUGAAGGUAAAUUUUUAUACUUUCUUACAGAGACUUUCAGUGUUUUGUUUUGUUUUUGUUUUUGUUUUUUUUGCUUUUUUACAUGAGUGUUUAAACCUCUGGAACGCUGUAAAAUAAAUGUCUGCUAUUAAUACUGUUAAAACAAAAAAGGGACAUCAAUGUUAUUUACUUUUCAGAAAAGACAAAUAGGUAUCUAGUAUAUAUGAGUAUAUACAACCAGUUUAUAAAGUAUGACUGUUUGAUUAUAGGAUGAGAUAAUCCAUAUAAUCUUUUUAGACCUGUUCACAUGCAUUCACAUAGUCUUUAGGCAAAGGUGUAAACAGUUCACAUUUCAUGUUUUCCUAUUGUACUGCUUUGUGUCUGUCGUUAGAGUAAUGUUAUCCAAAAAUGUUGUUGCUAUACUUUCAUAACAACUUGUAUACCACAUCUUCAUGCACAUACCACAUGCCAUUGUUUUUUUUUUCUUUAUGAGCUUAAAAUGUAAUAAACCCAUCAGAAAUGUU